AUGUUGGGGCCCGAAUAUCCGCAUAAGCGUCGUCGUGUUUUGGCUGCGUGUAUCUCGUGUCGAAGCAAAAAGAUCAAAUGUGACGGGCAGGACCCUUGCCACACAUGCCAACAAUCACGUAAGAGCUGCAAGUAUGACACCAAGUCAAGGAAACAGCGCAGUGAGAAGACUCCAAAACGUCUAACAAACUCCGAAAGCAUCCAGUCUCUUAAUAUUAGACUCGGGAGGAUGGAAGUUUUGUUGGAAGCUAUUGCGGCAAAUAUUAAAUCUCCUGUCGAUCUGCGGAGCUUUAGUGUAAGUAGUAGUGGUACGGCGAUUGGUGAUGAUGAAGCGGAUGACUAUCAUCUGGAUGGAAAUCUGGGUAUUGGUGAAGAAAGUGAUGCUCAAGAGAGUAAAAUGGAUGAAAACGGAGAUAUGCACGAAGGUGUUGAAGUGCAAACUAUUGACAAAAAACCGAUUGGUCAAAAUCUAUCUGAAUGUUCACCAAGUGAAAUGAAUUUUACUAAAUUGAUUUCAAAUAGUACAUCCGUGGAUUCUACUGAGGGGGUUUCUGGUACAAGUACUCUGUUGGCUAGCUCGGGUACUCCUAAAGUUGAUACAAAAGACGUUGGGAUGUCAAAUGACUCCAAUGCGGAUAAAAGCAUGGAUGCUGGGCAAGGAAGGAUAAAAGAGUAUUUUGGAAGCCAUUCACUCUUUUGCAUAUUCUCUGAUAGCAGUAUCAGAUAUGUUAAACUAAAACUUCCGCCUAAAGAUGUGCAAUAUCUCACACCCAUCAGAAAUAUUCCGAAAGUAUUUGAGCAUUGUAUGGUUGAAUUUACGAAGAAUUGGGUUGAUCCAAAAAUUCCUACAACUAUCGAGAUGAGACAGCUUGCGGAAGGUACAUUCCCUGAGCGUCAAGUUGUCUGGGACUUACUAGAUCAUGCGUACGUCCUACUGUACCCCGCAAUUCACUUAUGUGAGACUGAGCAAAUCAAAGAUUUAUUUGAUGUAUAUUACUCAAGUGAACGUAAAAGGCGGAUGACUAAUUCUGAGCUAUUGAUUAUGAAUUUAGCACUAACUUUGAGUGUGACUGAACUUAUUGAUAUAGAGAGUGGGCAAGUUGGGAUGCGCCGUGGCAUAAACCUUCCUCAAUCACUUUGCAGGCUCUCUCAAAACGACCUUUUCACUUUAUAUUCAAAGUUAUUUUCAUCUUGUGCUCAUUACUAUGCCCGCAUACUGACCUUUAGUGAAGGGAUUCGAACAAUCCAGGCAAUCUUACUUUUUGUAAUUUUGAUUAAUACAAGUUGGAUAAUCUCAGAAAUUAAUUAUGUCCUUAUAUCGUUGGCAGUGCGCUUUGCUCAAGAUCUCGGACUUCAUCGGUUUGAAAGUUAUGGAAAUGACCUGCCUGAAAUUGGAGCCCUUAAAAGAAAAAUAUGGUGGUUUUGUCAAUACUUGGAUAUGGAUGUAUGUUACAAAUCAGGCAAACCUCCGCUAGUUAAUGUCGAUGAUGUGCUGACUUUAACUGAAAGGGAUACACACUGCUCAUUCACCCAUGAUAUACUUAGAUUUACCAUGGAAAUCAAUGAAAAUCCUCCAGACAAACCUAUAAAGCCUUACAAUAUAUUCUGUUUAAGGGGAUACUACGAAUACCAUGCAUAUUUCUUGCUUGGAAUUUCUAGAAUAAGAUCUAAGAGUUAUGCACUUCUCUUUAGCGCCAAUUCAAAGUUUCACACUCCAAAAUCACUUCUGGAUACUGUUCGUAAACUUACUUCUGAAUUGUUUCAUUUGAGUCUACAAAUGGAUCCAAGAGUACGGCCGAGACUUUUUGAUGACCAAGAGUUUUCGAUUUCUGUUUAUGAGGAUUUGUUCGUUGGAUAUGGUAAUGAAGGUGAAAUAACUGUCAGUAAACCAGAAAACUUUUUGGAUGUCCACUUUGCCUUCCUCUUGCAUAUCAUGACCAUUAAUAGGAUUCCAUAUAUGGUUGAAGUUCAACACAAAGCAACAGACACGGUGGAGGGAAGCUUGGAAUUCCGUAAUUUAGCGCUCAACAGUGCAAGAACAAUCCUUAUAAUAUGUACUAAAUUGGAUAAACAUACUACACCACGAUCAUUUGUUAGAGGGAUACUUUUUUAUCCGCUAACGGCCUUUUUAGUUGUUCUUGGAAAUUGUAUAAAUCAACUGAAUUCAGCGGACACUCUCAGUGAUAUCAAGCUAUUGUCGGAUGCAUCAAUGAAAUUCUUUUCAUAUCAUAAACUAGACAAACUAAGCAGUCGCCUGAUGAAUCAUCGAGAAACUGUGGUUGAUUUAGUUACCAGAGUUAUGUUUCAUAUCCUCAUCAAGAUUGUGGAACUGCAAUCAAGCAACGCCAUUCUUGCGCACGACCCAGCGUUGAAAGAACAUUUGGAAGAAGUCGGAAAGGUGCAUCCAGACCUAUUUAUUGGUGAUAGUGAUAAAGGAGAUGGUAAUGUUGUAUAUGAUCAAGUAAACUUCAGGGAUCAAAAAUCGUCAGACUUUAUUGACGGGCCUACUAGAUAUGCCGGGACUCAAUUUUCCCAUAAUGAAGAUUUCCAAUUUGUGGACCAGAACAUAAUAUCUAAGCCAUUGCAGAUAGAUCAGUUACAUGAUCAACCCAAUUCUGCCAUUUUACCACAUACAUAUAAGGUGGGCCCAACAAUGCCUACACUCUCCAAUAUUGUUAAUCACAAUCUGCAAUUCCCUCCACAAAAUCAAUUUCCAGUGGUUGCAAAUUCUCAAAUCCCUUCUGAAUUUUCAGGUGAAGACAUUUUUGGAUCCAUGAUGUAUAACAUGCCAAAUUUCUUUCAUGAUAACAACUUGGGAUCUCAAGACUGA